UGCAGUGAUGUUGUUCACUUUUGUGUCUACUGUGAUAAUCGUGCAGUUUUUCGGAAAUAGAACCGUAAGAGUUGAUGACGUAACCACAGGCGAAAAGUCUGCUUCUUCUAGAGGAUCAAACAGGACGGCAACUUCAAUAUUCAAAGCAACACCACAAACAGAUCUACCUGUAGAUGGUCCAAAAUUAAAAGCGCAUCCAUUUCGCUAUAUUUUGAAUCCCGACACUUUCUGCAGCAAAAAGGAUAUAUACAUCAUAACAUACGUUCACAGUGCACCGAACAAUUUCGAGAAACGAGACGCAAUUAGUCAGACCUGGGGCAGAAGGAAGUAUUAUCUGAACAAAAGGGUUGAGUUAGUUUUUAUCCUGGGACAAGUCGCAGACACAAGAGUGAUGACGUCAGUGAGGAAUGAGUCGGGUAUCCAUGGCGACAUAGUCCAGAAGGAUUUCGUUGACAGUUAUCAUAACUUGACCUACAAGGCGAUCGCUGCAUUGAAGUCCACGUUUUGUAGACAAGCUGUGUAUGUUUUAAAAACAGACGAUGACAUUUUCGUAAAUUUUUACGUGUUUAUCAGAUAUACACUGUCGACUGUUGAGUUUCGUUAUGGUAGGACAAGGUUGAUUCUCUGCCAUGUCUGGGUGGACAUGGAGGUGAUACGCGACCAACAAUCUAAAUAGUACCUGUCUAAACAAGAUUUUUCGCCAGACGUCUUUCCGCCAUAUUGUUCCGGAUCUGCUUAUUUAAUGAGCCCUGAGGUGAUACGCGACCAACAAUCUAAAUGGUACCUGUCUAAAGAAGAUUUUUCGCCAGACUUCUUUCCGAAUCUGAACAUCACACACAGACCGUUCAACGCUGGAUACAGUUUUUACGCUUCUCGUUUUGAGAAACAGUUAAAAACUGACGAAUACUAUGACGUUGCUAUCUUUCUAAUAGACAAGCUUCAAAGGAUGUUCCUUCUAUGGAACACCGUAAUUGCAACGGAAAAGUAAAGGUGGUAACAAGGACAUUUGAAAUACUGAUAUUAGUAUUCUUCAAGGCUUAUCUUACCAAGGACAUUUCAAACAAUGAUAUUAUCAUUCUCCAAGACUUAUCUUAGCAAGGACAUUUCAAACACUGAUAUUAGGAUUCUUCAAGGCUUAUCUUACCAAGGACAUUUCAAACACUGAUAUUAGUGUUCUUCAAGGCUUAUCUUACCAAGGACAUUUCAAACACUGAUAUGAGUAUUCUUCAAGACUUAAUCUUACCAAGGACAUUUCAAACACUGAUAUUAGUAUUCGUCAAGACUUAAUCUUACCAAGGACAUUUCAAACACUGAUAUUAGUAUUCGUCAAGUCCUAUUUUACCAAGGACAUUUCAAACACUGAUAUUAGUAUUCUUCAAGGCUUAUCUUACCAAGGACAUUUCAAACACUGAUAUUAGUAUUCUUCAAGACUUAUCUUACCAAGGACAUUUCAAACACUGAUAUUAGUAUUCUUCAAGACGUAUCUUACCAAGGACAUUUCAAACACUGAUAUUAGUAUUAUUCAAGAUUUAUCUUACCAAGGACAUUUCAAACACUGAUAUUAGUAUUCUUCAAGACUUAUCUUACCAAGGACAUUUCAAACACUGAUAUUAGUAUUCUUCAAGACGUAUCUUACCAAGGACAUUUCAAACACUGAUAUUAGUAUUAUUCAAGAUUUAUCUUACCAAGGACAUUUCAAACACUGAUAUUCGAUUUUAGAUAUACCUUUUUUCUCGUAGUGGAAAAUAUACAAUGAAAAUAGGCAUAAAAGGUAUCAAUUAAUUAUAAUUAGUUAAGUUCACCAUCAAGAACUAAAGAAGACAUUAAUUAAUUAUUUAAACAGGCCAACAGAACAGAUGUGCAUGAUUAGAAUGAAAGUACUAUUUUAUGUUAUUAAAAGUAGUCAUGUCUAUCAAUUAUUGCUAGUUCUACAACUUGUCAUUUCUGCUAACUAAUAUUAAUUGUGAAAAUCAGUAAAGUAAGUUGCGAAUCAGGUGUCAAAUCAACUAGGGGUCACAAAGCUGUGAAGCUGGCGGGUGGUGUAAUAUUGCAAUUAUUUAUAUUGUUAUAACUGGCAGGGGCGAAUGCAGAGUGAAA